UCCCGCCCCUUCCGGCGUGGCCCCGCCCCUUCCCGGUAUUUCCUGUUCCGGUGGCGGCGGCGCGGGCGCUCCGAGCGGCCGGCGGCGGACGGGGCGUGGGGUCACAGGGCAAAGGUCAGAGCCAUGCUGCGCUCCCUGCGCCCCCUCCCCCGGCUGUGCCCCGCCCUGCGCCACCCCAAGCGCCGCCUGUGCGCGCCCCCCGGCCCUGCCGGGCUCCCCCUGCGGGCGCGGCUGGCGGUGGCGGGCGCGGUGGCGGCGGCGGCGGGCGCGGGCUGGCUGUACCUGCGGCGGCAGAAGGAGCAGCAGCAGCGCGCCCGCCGCCUGCGCCACCUCCGCGAGCUGUCGCUGGCCCAGGGCGACUUCGAGCUGCGCGACACCGCGGGGAGGACGCGGCGCAAAGCCGAUUUCCUGGGCGAGUGGGUGCUGCUGUAUUUCGGCUUCACGCACUGCCCGGACGUGUGUCCCGAGCAGCUGGAGAGGCUGAGCCGGGCGCUGGAGCUGCUGGAGCGCGACCCGGCGCUGCCGGCGGUGCGGCCGCUCUUUGUCACCGUGGACCCCGAGCGCGACGACGAGGCGGCGCUGUCGCGAUACCUGCGCGACUUCCACCCGCGCCUGCUCGGCCUCACCGGCACGGCGCAGCAGGUGAAGGAGGCGGCGGCCAAAUUCCGCGUGUACGUGAGCGCGGGGCCGCGGGACGCCGACGGGGACUACGCGGUGGAUCACUCGGUGCUGACGUUCCUGCUGGACCCCGACGGCGCGUUCCGGGACUGCUACGGCAGCUCGCGCACGGCCGAGGAGCUGGCGCGGAGCGUCAGGGCGCACAUGGACACGUACGGGGCGGGGCGGGAAUAAACGGGGGGCACG